AUGUUCCAGGGUGAGGAGUGUUCCUUUUUUGCGGCGGAUCCCUCCCGCACUGUGGGAGGGCCCUUAUUCCUCCCUCCAGCAGGGACGACAGGCUCCAGCGUAGCAGCGCCUACCCGCCGCCGCUCCACCCGCCGUGACGGCGCCCACCGCGCUCACCAGGUAGCGCCGCGCGCGCUGCUGGCCGCGCGGACAGCACCGGCGAGCAUGCUGCACGCGGAGCAGGUCAGCGCGCCGUUCCCCCCUUUUCCCAUGCCUUUCCGCCUUGCGCAUGCAUGUCCGCCUUUCCCCUGCCUUUCCGCCUUGCCCAUGCAUUUCCGCCUUCCCCAUGCCUCUCCGCCUUCCCCAUGCCUUUCCGCCUUGCGCAUGCCUUUCCGCCUUGCGCAUGCCUUUCCGCCUUGCGCAUGCCUUUCCGCCUUUCCCAUGCAUUCCCGCCUUGCGCAUGCCUUUCCCCCUCUGCUCAUGCCGUUCUCCCUGCCCAUGCCUUUCCCCCUCUGCUCAUGCCGUUCUCCCUGCCCAUGCCUUUCCCCCUCUGCUCAUGCGUUGCCCCCUUUGCCCAUGCUUUGCCCCGUUUGCUCGUGCCGUCCGUUCCGCCAUGUCAGGGAGAUGGCGGGGGAGGGAGUCGCCACCUCCAUCGAGCUCACCAACUGCCGGCCACGACAUGUGGAGGACAGCAAGAUCGACAUCGGCGACUUUUUCAAGGGCGAUUUACCCAAGAAAUUCCUCAUGCUCCUGGGUCUGCUCGCGCUAUCCCGCGUGGGAAUCUACAUUCCCCUGUGGGGCGUCGAUAUCUCCGCCUUCCAGGAGCAACUGGGGGAGGGCUCAUUCCUGGCCACCCUAGACACGCUCUCAGGGGGCGGGAUUGGACGGCUGGGAUUGUUUUCGCUGGGCAUCGUGCCGUAUAUCAACGCUCAGAUCGUGUUCCAGCUGCUGGGGACGCUGUACCCUAAGAUUGGGGAUCUGCAGAAGAAGGAGGGGGAGGCGGGGAGGAAGAAAGCGCAGCAGUACAUGAAGUAUAUGGCUGUGGCGUUCGGUGCCCUGCAGGAAGCAGAGCGGCGUUUCUUCUACCUCCCCGCCAACGUGGCACUCAUUGCCUUCUUCAACUACUUCUACACCUUCCUGCAACUCGACCCUGCUGAUGUCAGCGACCAGCUCAAGAGGCAGGGUGCGUCCGUACCCAACACGAGGCCCGGCAAAGCAACAGCCGCACUCAUCACCAAGGUCCUCACCCGCAUUUCGGUGCUCGGGUCGGCGUUUCUCGGCACGAUGGCAGCAGCGCCGGCUCUUGUGGAAGGAAUCACUCACCUCACGGCCUUCCGGGGGUUUGCUGGAACGUCCAUCCUCAUUUUAGUCGGAUGCGCUACCGAUACAGCCAGGAAGGUGCAGGCGGAGCUGGUUUCGCAGAAGUAUAGGACGAUUGAGCUGGAUGAUAUCAGUGCGGGUGGUGGAGGGAUUCCGCCUCCUAGGUGGAUUCUAGGGACGACAGGCUCCAGCGUAGCAGCGCCUACCCGCCGCCGCUCCACCCGCCGUGACGGCGCCCACCGCGCUCACCAGGUAGCGCCGCGCGCGCUGCUGGCCGCGCGGACAGCACCGGCGAGCAUGCUGCACGCGGAGCAG